CUCCCAGCAGCUCGAAGUGAUGUGACUGAUGUACCUGGAACAUUACAGGCUAGUCAUCAUCGUUCCCUGUCAUACCCACUGACUUCAGCCACAAGGCAGCCAUCUCUGGUAUUGUUUCUUUUAAACAAAGCAACCAACACACACACACACACACACACACACACACACACACACACACACACACACACACACACAAAGCAUUGCUUAGGUUUCGUUUCCUGUGAAUAGACAGCCCACUGAGGGAGUUACUAGCUUCCGCAUAGCACCGUCACAGAACAGAUUUCUCUCUCCUCUCUGCAAACAAGCACAUAAAGUUGUCUCCUGGAAAGUUCAGUCACAUCAUCCCUGUUGGAACACCUGAGCCUUGAACAUCAUGGAGGACAGCUGGCAGCACUGAGUCUCGAUGAAAUUGUCCAGAGGGGGGUUACUGGUCAAGCCAUCAUGGAGGAUCAGGAAAAAUUAAGUAUUACUGAUCAAGAUGUUGUGCAAAGUGAGCCAGCCAUCAUGGACGAUCAGGAAAAAUUGAGCAUUAGCCACCCAGACGUGUGCAAAGUGAGAGCCAGUGAUGGUAUGGCAGAUCAAGGUGAAAUGAAGAGUCAGGAGGAGGAUCUGUCAUCUGACAUCAAGGAUUGGAGUAAACAUCAAGUGAGACAAUGGGCUCUGAAGUUGGAUAAGGUGGAUGACAGUGUUGCAGAAACACUGUUCAAGCAGGACAUUAAUGGGUGUAGUCUUUUGCUUUUAGAUGCAACAGACCUAAAAGAAAUGGGUGUUACCUUUGGCCCAGCCAAACUUGUCAUUCAUGCCAGAGAUGAGGUAGUGAAAUUAAAGAGAGAGGAACCAGCAAGCUGCAGAAAUCAGCCUGGAAGACCAUGUAAACCGUAUCCAUUUCGUAGAUACCAUGAUCCAUAUCGAUACAUGGAGAGCAGCAUUCUUGAUAUCACAGAAUCUGGUGCCUCAGACUUCAUUGAACCCUGCCACGAGUACAAAGCUUUCAUCAAUACAACAGAUGAAUCAAAAAUGAACAAGUUCACUUAUGAGGUAAUUCGCUUUGCAGCUGCCUGCAUCAACAGCCGUACCAACGGCACCAUACAUUUUGGAAUUGGGGACAAGCCAGAAUUCAUCCAUGGUCAAGUGUUGGGAGUGGUUGUUGAGGACAAGGAGGCUUAUGCUAAUGAACUAAAAUCUGCCAUUGAUGGUUAUUUUGAGCAUAAACACAAACAGACUGCUCAAAUUUGCAUCAAACCUCCUCGAUUUGUUGGUGUUCUCAAUAAGAAUAUGACAUCAUCUGACAAAUGUGUGAUAGAAGUGGACAUAGUUCCUGACUCAACCAUAUGUGCUGAAAACACCUACCACACCUCCAACAUGGACACCAAAAAAGCCAAGAAAAAAGCGAAAGGUAAAGAAACAGUCAAACCUGACACAAAACCACAGAAACAAUUCUUUGUCCGAGAUGGAGGCAGCAGCAGGGAUCUCCUCACACCAACCACAGGUGCCAAACCUAUGGUGGAAUACAGCCAGUUUGUUGAUCGUAUACCACAAUUAGCUCAACUUCGAAAACAAUCUGAAGAGAAGCACCUCAAUGUGAUAAAAAGCAGUACUCAAGGCUCAAGAUUAAGUCAGAUGAUAACUGGUGGUUCCCUCUCAUUAGAUAAGUCACACUUUGAGCAGUAUGUGAUCAUAACUAACAAAUCACAUCCAGUUCAGUUGGAAUCACUGGGAUUUCUUGUUGAACUCAACCCAACAGCUGUUUUAGACUUUGAUCCAGAAUCAGCUAAACAUGGAUUACAGCAUCACUUUGAACAGCUGAGUACAGCAAGUGUCCAUUUACCAGCAAAGUAUAAAAUCACAGAAGGAGUUGAGGACAUUGCAAACAAGUUAGAAUUAACUCGUAAUACCAGCUGGGUAUUCUGCAACGGAGGUAUUGAGCAUGAGGUACCAUCAGAAAUAGAUGAGUGGUUGAUGGAAAAGGGAGCCUCCAUCCGAGAUGUGAUUUCAUUUUUGUGUCGGAAAGAUGUGCUUCCAAACAAGAGAUUCCUUGUCAUCUUCUUACUUUUGUCAACAGUAAGUGAGAAGAUGGACCCUCUUGUUGAGACAUUCAGUACAUUCUUUCAGGAGCUCAAAGGCACAGAGCAAAUUCUCUGUGUAUGUGACAAUGAAAGAGCAUUUACCUCCUGGAGAGACCUAAUCAAUGCUCGGUGCGGAAUCGACAUCUCUCGAAGAUGCAUUUACGAGCUCAGUUUUGCUGAAGUCAAUGGAACUAUUCUUAGUCUUUUGUCAGAGAACCGUAGAUUGUGCCGUUUCCUACCCUGUGGUGGAGGAAGCAAAGUCCUCCUUGAAAAAAAAGUUGAGCGUAGCCUGAAGACCUUAGAGGUCCUGUGCGUGAACCAAUGUGAGGGAGGAAACGAGGACAAAAUUGAAAUAGAGGAGAAUUUCUACAAAGGAGGAAAAGUAUCAUGGUGGAACUUCUAUUUCUCAGAGCAGCCUGGAUCCACACCAUUUAUCAAACGAGACAAGUUUGACUUCAUCAUGAACACAAUCAUACCUGAUUUGUGCUCCCUGAGAAAAGCCUGCGUGUUAAUGAACCUCAGGCAUGUACCUGGAUGUGGUGGGACAACUCUGGCCAUGCAUACUUUAUGGUCUCUUCGAGACAGAUUCCGUUGUGCUGUCCUCAGAGACUGCAAUGCUGACUUCACCGAAGUAGCUGAGCAAGUGGUCAAACUUUUGAUGUAUGACCAUGAGGAGCAAGUACCACGGGUCCCAGUUUUGCUAAUGAUAGAUGGCUUUGACGAUAAGGAAAAAGUUUUUGACUUGCAGCAAGUCAUUGACAAAGAAUGUGCAGAGAAAGACAUUCAGUCCAAGUCUGCACAAGUAAUCCUCCUGAACUGCAUGACGUCAGAGUCCACUGAAGACACUGAGGCAACUGAAGACACAGUAUUCAUUGGAAAUGAUCUCUCUGAGAAGGAGCAGGAACAGUUUGAUAGAAAACUUGUGGAAAUAGAGAAAACACACAAGAAUGCUCAAAAAACAUUCUAUGGAUUCAUGAUCAUGAAGAAGAACUUUAGCACUGAGUAUGUUGAGGGCGUGGCCCGCAAGACCCUGAAGAGCUUUGACAUCAAUGAGAAGCAUGCACAACUCCUGGCAGUUUUAGUUGUGUUGAACAUAUACUGCAAAGGUGCCUCCCUCUCUGUCUCUCUAUGUGAGGAGUUUCUUGGUCUUCAACCAAAACCAUUUUGUGGAACCAUCAAAGUCAAAGACGGAUUCAGGAAAUUUUCGACUUUAAUUUCCAGCUGCUCAGUGGAGGGCAAGGUAGUUUUCACAGCAGUGAAAAUGAUCCAUUCAAGUAUUGCAAAGCACUGUUUGCAGGAACUUACAACAACACACAAGGUGCGUAAAGCUGACAUUGCCGACCUUCUGUUGACCACAAAUGAGCUUUAUGAAAGCACACAAGGAAAAGACAAACUCCUGCAAGAUGUUCACCACAUUUUGGUGAAGAGAUAUCAUUCAUUAGAGGAGGAAUCUGUCUUCUCUCCAUUGAUUCAACAGAUUGCGAAGGAAACCCCAGGACUUGAAGAGACGGUGCUACAAAAUGCAUCUAAAAGAUUUCCAAAAGAUGCCAUUAUCUCUCAGUUGUUAGCCAGGUACUAUUACCUAAAAAAGAGGGACUUCUCAGAGGCAAAAGUUUGGGCAAAGAAAGCCAGAGAUCUUUCCAAGGACAGCUCAUAUAUGGCAGACACAUCAGCACAGGUCAUCAAGCAUGAGCUCAAGAAUGCCAUUGCAAAUAGCAAAGAAGAGACCAUCCGUCCUGAAAAAUUGAGCGACCUUCUCAAAAUGGCUCAGUCAGCAAUAGAUGCAUUCAAGGAAACACAGAGUCUUGCAAAGCAGGAAUCACUUGAGCGAUUACAAAUCAAGACAGAAAGCAACCCUUUCAAUACAUCAGGGUACUUGGGAGAAAUUCAGGUUGGAGUACUUGUCAUUGAGGUUCUGGCAAAGACCCCAGUAUUUUCUUCUGUCAAUGUCCGCCAUGACAUAAUGAGUCAGGUUCUCUCUGGAAAUGUUAAACUUCAGGAUGUAGAGAAAUCUGAUCAGUGCAACAAACACAGAACCUACUACUUCUGUCUCAGACAGUUUGAGGAUUUACUUUACAGCCUCAAAUACAGGAUGAAGGUUAACUUUGACUUCCUUGACAACUUCUAUGUGAACUUGGGCAUCAGAUUUGGAAUGAAAGACAUCCGUGAUCAAGUAGCACAAAACGAGCUUUUCAGAUGUUUUAGACAGUAUGCAGAAGUUUUCUGCAAGACAGAUUCUGCAGAUCUUUUGAGGAACAAAACCAUGCAGACAAUGCUGAAACUACACCAAACAAGACAAAAGCUGGAGAUGCAAAAAGCUGAUACCUAUUCUGGGAUUCUGAGCUUUCUCUCAAAUGGCAUUCCACCUGAAAAAAUGGAAGGGAUUGCCAGACAGUAUGGUUUUGUUUUGGAACAUCGUCAUAACCUGACUGUGAAGGAGAAAAUCAACUUCCUGUAUGUCAAUGUUGUGUUGAGUCGUCUCAAACUGGAAUCACCCCUCGUUCUGCCGUAUCAGAACCUAAUGCAACUCCUUAGCCAAGUUCUGCAGGAGCCAGUCUCAUUAAGUGAUAGUCUGUCCCUGCACUUCAUUGCAGUUGUGCUGUUGUGGCCACAGCAGCACCUGGACAGUCCGGACUAUAGAAAUCUGGGGAGUUACAUCUCACAGAUGAGGACCAAUUAUCAUGCACUGAUGAAGGAAGUGUACAAUGGCAAGAGGCCCGUAAUCCAUUUCUUCCUGGGGAAGAAGUGGGGCUAUGAACGACUGGUACCCCUUGGAGAAAUCAAAAAUUGCAUCAGGGUUGAGCAGAUUUCCUCUAUGUGGGAAAAUGGCAUAAUCUGGAAAGAGAAGAAGGUGACGGAGCUCCUUUGCAGGGUCACUGGCAGGGUAAUGGGCAAUGUGAUACUGGCAGACUGUAUCCCAGAUCUGAAGGUCGAAGUUGCUCCAGUGUUUCGAAGUGAGCUUCGUGGUCAUGCCCACGGGUCAAAGGUGUCAUUCUUUCUCGGUUUCUCGAUGAAAGGCCCUCUUGCUCUUGACAUUAACUAAAUCAUGAAGCAGCGUAUUUGAACAUGCUGUAUUUCCAGCUAAUCAUGUGGAUCCAUCUGUUUUAUACAGCCCUGUGUAUGGAAUGGGAUUGAGUUGAAUGGAUGUCAUUCUGUUACAUUUUUGCCUGUUCCCUUGGCUGUUUAUUACCUUACUGAUACUACUGCGCUAAUGGGAAGGAAAACAUUUGUCAAGUAUAACAUUAAAAUCAAAUCUUCUUACAAUGUUACAGUGAAAUGUGUGAUGAAAGCUCACAAGCCUGUAAAUCUAAUCAUUUUUUAAUAAUGAAAAUAGAAACUUUUUUUCACACUUCUGUGACAUUUGAAAUCAAACUCAGCUGUUACAAGUUGUCAUGUUCUGAUUUAACUGAAUGCAAUAAUUCAGAACGAUACUGCUCUGUGAAAUGAAAUGAUUUGCAUUAUGCAUUCUUUACAACAUUUACUUGUGAAAAACUUUUACAGCUGUGAUAAUCUUACAGCCAUAAGAUACUUUUUUUUGUAUCUUUACUUUAUACAUAUCGUUGAUCCUUAAUCAUUCAUUAUUGAUACAGAUUUGCUUUAAAUAACCUUUGAAUGUUUUGCUUACAUAUAAAUGUCUCUCUUAAUCAUUUUUAAUCAUAAAAAAUAUUUGUUUGUUUUCUUUUUUUUACAAUGAACUUAUCCAACAUUUUAAAGUGAAUUCAGCUGUUACCUAUUUUCAUGUUGUGCUGCACCUAUAGUGUACUUUGACUAUGUAAGAACUUGUGAUUUUCCUGAUCUCUUAUUUGUUGUUAACUGAUAAAAUUUGAUUAAAAAAAGCAGUUUAACAAUUUUGUUCUAUGAAAUCAAACGAUCUGUAUCAUAUCUUCUAUUAUACAUCUACCACUGAAAAAAAAAAGUGUACUUU